AAAGUGAAUGCGAAAUAAAUAGAGUGUAUGUGAGUGUAUGAAAUUGGUUUAAUAAUAAUUAAAAUUUAAAAUAUUGAAUUCUGAUGAGUAGAUAAGCAAAUUCAUAAGAUUAUGAUUGGUUGGUAAAGGUUAUUGUAAUUGGUGAUUCAGGAGUAGGUAAGACAAAUAUAUUGUCUUAAUUUUGUGAUGCAAAGUUUUCGAUAACUCAUAUGGCUACUUUGGGAGUUGAUUUUAAGAUCAAAACAAUAGAUGUAGAUGGAAAGAAAUUGAAAUUGUAAAUUUGGGACACAGCAGGAUAAGAGAGAUUUAGAAAUAUAACAAAAACAUAUUACAAGGGUGCAUAAGGAGUAGAAAUAAAUAUAUAUUCAUUAGGUGAUUUUAACAUAUAGUGUAAUUGAUAGACAAUCGUUUUAGAAUGUUGAUGGAUGGUUGAGGGUAUGAAUAGUUUAGAUAUAAAAAGUCAAUAUAAGAGAAUACUAAUUCAAAUGAUGUUCAAUUAGUGUUAGUAGGUAAUAAAGCUGACAUGUCUGCAGAAAGAUAAGUAACAAUGGAAGAAGGAUAAAAGUUAUCAUAAUAAUAUAACAUUCCAUUCUUUGAGACUUCUGCUAAAAGCAAUAUGAACAUUAAUGAAUCAUUCAAUAAUUUAGCUUAGAGAAUCAUAUCAACUUUAUGCAAAAUGUAAGCUAAUGAUGAUGGACAAAAACUUGAUUUAAAGAAAACAGAAGGAAAAGAAAAAAAUAAAUCUGAUGUAUUAUAUAAAAAAUUCAUUAAUAGGUCUGUUGCUGAUAUUAUAAAUUAAUUACACAAGAUUUACAUUUAUUUUUGCUGCU